GUCACUUGGUAGAAAAUGGGCAUUAUUUAAGAGUAGUGACGACCACGUGGUCGAGAGAAAAGUAAUAGUUUAUAGAGAAGAUGAGAGUAGAAAAAUGCUACUUUUGUUCGUCACCUGUCUACCCAGGACACGGCAUUAUGUUUGUCAGGAACGACAACAAACAAUUCCGUUUCUGUCGGUCUAAGUGCCACAAAGCAUUCAAGAGGAAGAGAAACCCUCGCAAAGUGCGAUGGACCAAGGCCUUCAGAAAGGCUCACGGCAAAGAGCUCACAAUGGACUCAGUUUUCCAGUUUGAGAGACGAAGGAAUAUGCCCGUCAAAUACAACAGGGAUGUGUGGAGAAAGACAGUGCACGCCAUGAAGAGGAUCGAUGUCAUUAGAGAGAGGAGACAGGCACGAUUCAUCAAAAACAGGUUGAAGGCUGGACUCAAGUUGCAGGAAGAAUCUGAGAAGAGAGAAGUGGAGAAGGGCAUUCAUUUACUGCAAGACCCAGAAGCUUUGAUUGUGAAGGUGAGGGAAGCACAGAAACAGAGGCAGAGACAGAGCAGCAAGGUCACAGAAGAAAUGGAGAUAGCUGAAUGAAUUCUCAACUAACAGUGACACUGUUUAUGUAUCAGUUUUUUUUUUAUGAACUCUGUACGUUUCAAAAAUAAUUAUAAUCAUGACCAAAGAA